AUGGCGCCCGCUGCCUGCGAACCCGCCGCCGACGACCGCUUCGGCCCGAUCGUCGGCCCCGAGUGCCGAAACGGCCUCGACUUCACCCUGCGUUUCGAGGACACGAUCCUGUCCAUCCUCCCCGCAGCCAUCUUCUCUGCCCUCGCCCUGCAUGCCAUCCUGCGACGCCAUAGGACCCGUUCACUCGUCGAUGGCAAAGCGCUGCUGUGCGCCAAACUGCUUGCUUAUCUAGUUUUGCUCGCGCUCCGAAUUGCCCUGAUAGCCGAGUGGGCGCUCUCGCCGGUUCGCCAUGUGACCGCCAUCGCCGCCGCCGUCGUGGCCGCUGUCGAAGUAAUCCCCAUGGCUGUGCUUUCGUACUACGACCAUGCCCGCUCUCUCAGGCCCUCAACCCUGCUUGGGUGCUACUUGUUGACGACGCUCGUGUUCGAUAUUGCCCGUGUCCGGACACUAUGGCUGAUGCGCGCCUCCUCUGCCGUCACAAGUACCUUCACCGCCGCCUUCUCGCUCAAGGCCCUGGCUCUUAUCCUCGAAACCAUCGAAAAGCGGCGUUCCAUCGUUGCUAUCCAAUCGAAAGAUGCAGCCCCCGAGGAAACAAGCGGGCCUAUCAACCGAGCCGUCUUCUGGUGGGUGAAUCCGCUGUUGGUCGUUGGCUGCCGCCGUGAUCUGUCCGUCGUCCAGCUACCGUCCAUCGGAUUGGACAUGGAUUCAGAAACCAUCCACCACAGCUUUGAGUCUGCCUGGGCCCAGCGCCGCCAGUAUUCUCUCCUGAUCACCCUUCUGCGAGCUUUCAAGCUCGAGAUCCUCUACGCCGUCGUGCCCCGUCUGUUCUUAUUGGGCUUUACUUUGGCCCAGCCCUUCUUCAUCGAAAGGCUCAUUUUAUUUGUUGAAGAGCCCAGCGAUGACGAGACUUAUUUUGUAGGGCCCAUGCUCAUCGUUGCCUGUGCUUUGAUUUACGUUGGUGCUGCAGUUGCUACUGCUGUAUACUGGCACAUGACAUAUCGAUGGGUAACAAUGGUCCGCGGCAGUCUCGUCACGGCGAUCUACAGAAAGGCACUCAAUACACCUUCGGGAUCGGUAACGGAAUCAGCCGCCCUCACCUUGAUGGGAACAGACGUCGAAAAGGUUAUCAUCGGCCUCGAGGAUACUCAUGAAGUUUGGGCGAGCAUCUUGCAGGUAGCCGUGGCAGUUUGGCUGCUCGAGCGCCAGGUAUCAUGGGCUUGUAUUGUUCCAGUGCUUCUAUGCUUAGCCGACGCCCUCGGACGUAUCAAGGAAGCCCGGCUCAUGGGUCUCAGUGGCAUUCUGAGCACUAUGAUUCAGCAUCUCCGUGUGGAAGAGCUCAGGCGAUCAAGAGCAUUACGCAAGCUCUUGGUCGUUGUCCUUACCAUCUCCCAAGCCACUCCAAUCGUAGCUCCGGUGGCUACAUUUGCCUUGUAUGCUGGACUUUCAGUUGCUCAAGGAAAGCCGAGCCUCCUCGCCGCCCAAGCAUUCAGCUCUCUGACGCUGAUAUCUAUUCUUGCGAACCCCAUCCUUGUUUUGAUCCAGGCCAUUCCCCCUCUGGCUUCUGCUGAGGCAAUCACGAAUGGCUUUGACUUCGACUCCAGGUGGUUCCAGAUCGUCAUCCAUGCGUGUGCAUUGGACGUAGAUCUGGAUCGUCUGCCUGAGGGGGCGAGGGCAAAAAUUGGCAGUAAAGGAUUUUCCCUCAGCCAGGGCCAGAGACAACGCGUGGCACUUGCUCGGGCUCUGUACGGCAGACAUAACCUUGUGCUCUUAGACGAUGCUUUUAGCGGGCUCGAUGCGUCAACCAAACAAUCCGUGGUAGAACGGGUCCUCAGCCCGGGUGGCAUUCUCCGCACACAGAAAACGACAGUCAUAAUGACAAGUCACGAUUCCGUCCUCAUGCUCGAUGAACACGGUACUGUCACAGAGCACAAAGCCGACAACUUCGAGCUGGUCGACGAUCCGCUAGAAGUCGCGGAAGAUAACGCUGCCGAUUCAAACGCAAACCUUGUGGCAGAUCAAGACAGCCCGACCGAUGCCACAAGCACCAGUCCUGACAAAAUGCAAGUCAUCAGAGAUUGGGCCGUAUAUCGUUAUUACUUCAAAUCAGCCGGACUUCCCCUCUCUUUGAGCUUUCUCGGUGUUAGCUUGCUUGUCGCAUUCUGCUACAACUUUCCCACACUUUGGCUCAAAUGGUGGUCGGAUGCCAAUGCGGUUUCUCCAAACAAUAACUUGGGCUUCUAUCUAGGUAUUUAUGCAAUGCUUGCGGUCGUGGCAUUAAUUGGCCUGAUGAUGGUUUGUUGGGUUAUGUUCGUGGGCAUGGUCUACAAGGUGGGCGAAAAGUGCCACAAUAGAAUGCUGGACAUUGUCAUGAGAGUCCCAAUUGCCUUCUUUGCGCUAAACGAUACGGGAAAGACAACAAAUCGUUUCGGCCAAGAUCUCCAGCUACUGGACACGGUAUUACCCAUGUCUGCGAUAAACACUGCCCUUUUCGCUGGGUCCUGCCUGGUUCAAAUAGUGAUUAUCAGCUACGCGGCCAAUUACAUGGCAGCAACACUGCCGGUUUGCCUCGUCGUUGUGUACAUGGUCCAACGGUACUACUUGAAUACUUCCAGACAACUCCGUGUGCUCGAGAUUGAGGCCAAAACCCCGCUCUAUUCUGCAUUCAUCGAGCUCUUGGAUGGUUUGGCUACAGUCCGAGCUUUCCGAUGGGAGCAGACUUUGGAAAAAAGCAAUUACCGCAAGGUCCAGGAUUCGCAGACGGCCAUGUACCUCCUCUUUUGUAUCCAAAGAUGGCUCAACCUCGUUCUUGACUUGAUUGUUGCUGGACUUGCGAUUACACUUGCUUGUCUCGCUGUUGGACUAAAGGAAAAGUCCAACGCGAGCUCCAUAGGAGUGGCCUUGUCGAACAUCAAUACUUUCAACCAGACACUGGCCAACCUGAUCAAGGCUUGGACGACACUGGAAACAACGAUGGGGGCUGUUGCUCGCAUCAGGAGUUUCGUCAAAGAAACAAAGGUCAUGAAGCAUCCCAACGGGAACCUGACCAGCACUCCCCGUUCUGAGUCUUUGGCGGGGAUGCUUGAAUUCCAGGGUGUUUCUGCGUCGUACGGGAUCAAUGACGAUGACCUUGCAUUGAGCGGUGUGAAUAUGUCCAUCAAGCAAGGAGAGAAGAUUGCUAUUUGCGGACGCACAGGCAGCGGGAAGAGCACUUUAAUUCUGUGUCUCUCAAGAAUGUUGGAGCUUGCUUCUGGAUCUAUCAUGAUCAAUGGUGUGAACGUCGCCCUCCUGUCCCCGGAUCAGGUUUGCUCCUCACUCAAUAUCAUCACGCAGGAGCCUCUGAUCAUAUCCGGCACAGUGAGGUUCAACGCAAGUCUGGGGAACAGCGCUUCAGAAGCAGAACUGUUGAGUGCAUUCCAGACAGUGGGCAUAUGGGACCUUAUUCAGGAAAAGGGUGGGCUGGAUGCGGAGAUGCAACCUGCAAGCUGGUCUCACGGGCAGCGUCAGUUGUUCUGCUUGGCCAGGGCGCUGCUGUAUAAAAAGCCGAUUCUCAUACUGGACGAGGCCGCGAGCAACGUCGACUCCGCAACGGAGCAGCAAAUGCAGGAUGUGGUCAACACCGCAUUCAGGGACAACACAGUGAUUUCUGUCACACAUAGGCUUGGUUCCAUUUUCUGUUACGAUAAGGUAGCUGUGUUUGAUAAGGGUAUCUUGGUGGAGUACGACGACCCACACGCGCUGCUCGAGAAACCGUCCGUAUUUGCGGAGCUCUAUCGCGAGAGUGGCGCCCAGUAG